AUGCCGUUUCUGUUUUAUCUCGCCCUUAUAGAAGCCCGAGAGAAGAGAAAAGCAGAAAAUUCUGAAAUUUUACAUGAAAUCAAUGCGUCUACAGUGGAUUUAUUAGUUCCUUCUUAUAUCACAGUAAUCGAAAAAGGUGCAUCUAUGAAUGCGACACUAUUAACAUCAGUUAAAUUUGAACCAUUUUCUUCUCUUACAAGAAUUGGUAAAUACGCAUUUGCUAAUUGCCCUAGAAUUAGAACAAUUGAUUUAUCUCUUUGCAAUAACUUAUGGAUAAUUCAAGAAGGAGCAUUCUUUAAUUCUAGCCUAGAAAUUGUAACACUACCAUCAUCACUUAAAUACAUUGAAAAUUCAGUUUUUGAAUUAUCAAAUAUUUCACAAAUCGAGAUCCCACGAAGUGUUAUAGUAAUUGGUGAGAAAUGCUUCUUUAAAUCAUCAUUACAACAAAUAACAUUCCAAAAACAUUCUUUAUUAAGUGAAAUUGGUCCGAAUUCGUUUGCUGAAACAUUUUUAUUUUCUAUAACAUUACCAGAUAAUCUUAAAAAUAUAGGGUAUUCAGCUUUUACACGUUCUCAACUCCAUUCAAUAAGUUUUGAAACAAAAAGUAAUUAUUUCGAAAUAAACAAUAAAAUGAUUAUCAGAUCCCAGACAAAACAACUAGUUGCAUCGUUUUAUUACGAACAAGAAAGCAUUACAAUUCCAGACGGAAUUACUGAGAUUUCUAAAGGAGGAUUUUUACUUUCUCCCAUAGAAGACUGUAAAUUCCCAUCGUCUUUACUCUACAUUCGUGAAAGAGCCUUCGCAGUUUCACAAUUAGUCAAUCUUACGAUUCCAAGUUCUGUAAAACUUAUUGAUAAGUACGCAUUUCAUAAUUGCUACCAGCUGAGAUCUCUUGUUAUUGAGUCAGAGAAUACGGUUCUUGCUGAUAAUUGUUUUGGAAGUAAUUUCCAAUUAUGCGGCAUUAACUGCCCUAUAAAAAUGAUAGAUAGACUAAUGAAAGUUGGUAUACAACCUUUUUCAUUUCAGAAAUGCAUAUCAAAGAUUUCAGAGAAAAAUAUGAGUUAA